AUGCAAGUCUCUUUUCAAUCUCAAUGGAUGGUGACUAGUGGGUUCCAGCUCGGUAUAUUUAUAAUCCUGGCUUUAGUAUUUGCUGCCAUCACUACUUGGCAGCUUAAAAAGGGCAUCCAGCUCAAGCUGAUCACAGGGUUUUUCGUGUUUAUGGCUGUUUUCCAUGUUUUCAAAAUUGCCGGCGGUGUCACCGGUCUCGUGUUUCUCAAACUGGACAAGUUCAACAAGGGUGUAUUCAUUGCCACCUAUAUUUUCGAUUCCAUCAGUGUUGGUUUCCUUUUACGCGGGGUCAGCUCGUUAGUCCAGCAUAUGCUCUCGCAGAAGUUGCGUGCUAACAUCAUGGGCAAGUUGGCCCAACCAACUUAUCUAGGAACUCGCAAUGACGAGUUUGAAUUGCUCGGCGAUGAGACUAGCGUCAAGAAGGAGAUCUCGGACGCGGAACUGACUCUUGAAGCGCAAAAAAAGAAGGAUCCGUUGAAAAACACGCCUUUCCGGGUGGUCACCAUUGUCUUGCUCGCUGCCGUCAUCACCAGCGUAGUGGGCACGAGUUCCUUGACCGAGGGAGAUACAAGCUCGACGGCAGAGACGUUGCUCAGGGUCUCUAGCGUGUUGUUUGUUGUGGGCGACGUGCUCUUGGUUGCGUCGUUGCUCUAUCUUUGGGCCCAGGGCGAGGAGUACGUUCGAGUUGCGCCUCUCCUCAUCCUUGCAUUGUUGAUCUUGUUGGUGAGGUGUGCUUACUCGAUUGUUUCUGCAUUCCAUGGGGUGUCGUUUGAUCAGCCGAGCCGGUAUAUGUUGAUGUUUGGAGACUACAAAUACUACGCCUUCAUGGGGUUAUUGGUGGAAGCAAUCGCGGACAUCUUCUUGUUGUUGGCCUACCUGAGAUGGUGA